AUGGCGGACGCUAAACGGGCUCUGGUACGACAGCAAAUAGGGAUCGCGCGCGGGCAGCGCGGGCGCCGCAAAGUGGGAUGCGUCAGGGGCCAGCUCGAUGCAGAGCGUGCCAGAGUUGGACCCCGAAGGGAGGCGUCAGCGGCAACGGGCUCGCCACAAAAACGGCGCUUGCCUUACGUAACUCCGCGAAAACGCCGGCGGGCACGUGACCGCGUCUCCGCCCGCUCAUGUAUUACUAAUGAGCUGGGCUGCGUGGUUGCGUGGCUCCGUCUGCGCUCCGUCUGCGCUGCCUCCUCACGCAAAGAUGAGCAAAUAGGCUUCGAAAUACGUCCAAUCAACACUCUCUCUACGCGAAAUCCCCCGCUACGCGCAGCGCAACCCCCCUUUUUGCUCAAUGGCCCCGCGCCAGCUUGUGACGAGGGAAUAUGCGAUUUUCGCCUCGUAUUUCGACGCAUCCCGACGCAAUCCGACGCAUUUCGUACCUGGGAGAAACACCGCCAAGAAGCCAAAGAUGACGAAACACUGGCUUUUCGCCUAUAG